AUGUCUCAAUAUUUUGGUAAAACCAUCUCUCUAAUUUCCGUCACUGAUAACAGAUAUGUGGGUUUGCUAGAGAAUAUCGACUCUGACAAAGGUACCGUUACUUUAACAAACGUACGUUGUUUUGGUACGGAAGGUCGUAAGAAUUGGGGUCCUGAAGAAAUUUACCCAAGUGCUACAGUAUACAAGACAGUCCAAUUUAACGGUAAUGAUGUCAAAGAUUUAAGUAUCCUUGAAGUUGGAUUAGAUGAAGUCCAACCUGUAGUACGCCCAAAUAACGCUCCUGUACCACCUCAACAAGGAAAUAUUGAGCAACCAUCUCAACCUCAAACUCAAGAACAACCUAAACAGGCAUCAGUUAGUACUCCCAAGGAAAAUUUGCCUGCUGCUGUCGCAGACUAUGGUGUAUAUGCUCCAACUGAAGGGGUAAAUACUGUUGGAGUUUCCUCUGAAGCUGCAGAUAUAACAACUGAUUCCGAUAGACAAAGAGGAUCACACCAAAACAAAUCUACCUACAAUAACCAUCGCAGACAACAACAGCACCAUCCAGAUCCAUCUAGAAAGAUCGAAAUUCCUACGGAUGAUUUUGAUUUUACAUCAAACAAUGCCAAGUUUGCAAAGGAGGCCCCAGAAGGCCAUGUAAUCGAUGAACUUGAAGAAGUCGAAAAGGCUAGUGGUGAAGAGCCUCAUCCGGAUGGUUUCUACAACAAAAAAUCCUCAUUUUUUGACUCCAUUUCUACAUCUGCUGAGACCAACACAAAUAUGAGAUGGCAAGAAGAGAAAGUCCUGAAUAUGGAUACAUUUGGUGAAUCUUCUGCAAGACCAAGAUUUAAUAACAGAAGAGGGAACUUUAGAGGUAGAGGCAGAGGUAGAGGAAGAGGCGGUAACCGAGGCGGUAAUAGAGGCGGUAAUAGAAAUUACAAUAAUAACAAUAAUUACAGAAACAAUGAUUCUGGAAAUUUCCAAACUGGGUUCACCAGUAACAACCAAGUUGAAUUUUAA